CACAAAUGUGUUGGCUGCCAAAACGCCUACUAUAUAGAAAGCACAAUGCCCUAACAUCGGCAGGCCACCCACCACGCAGCUCCGCAAAGCAUCGUACAGCAUAGGCUUGUUCUAUAGUGACACAUCUGGGAGUUCAGGCUGUACCGAGAACGGAAUAGGGGCACAGUAUCGAGCGGGAAGAGUAGCCGCCUGGCUUUUUGGCAGCGGUUCAAUUGAGCCCAAUUCGAACGCCGAGCUCUCACGGGAAGCCCUUCUCUUUUCCAACGGUUGUCUCGCCUCAAGGAAUCUGCCACCUCCGCCACCGGCAAAAUGUCGUCUUCAGCUCAUAACCCCUGGGCCGGUGAGCAGGCAUCGUCGAGGUCAACCCAUAGUAACGUGCAACCGUCAGCGGCCGGUUUUGGAAGUGACGAUAAUAGGGCACAACACCGCCGGGCGCCGUCGCAGACUCGCAGUGACAGCGUAUAUGGUAGAGCACAACACCAACGGGCGCCAUCACAGACCGGGGCGUAUGGUCAACAGUCGCAACCUCAGCCGGAAGCAGGAGUUAGACCGCCCCCUAGAGUCAGGGUGCCAUUCCCGCCGAGCCCCUCCAACUCGGACUACUCUGCUCAUGCAAAUACGAGCCCAGCAGUGCCACCGCGUGGCACAUCGGUCACCGCGCCAUAUCAACCCCCACAAGCCGUGCACUUCCCGGCUGCUCAAUUUCCCCAAACUCCGUUCGAUCAAUCCAUAGCUUCGGCUGCCGACGGCUCUUCCUUUGGGGAGAACUCCGCAAAGAGAUAUGGCACAUCCUCGAUGCAACCCUCACCGCGUCUCUUUGUGACCCCAUCCAACAACGACGAAGGAGACAUCAAUGAGGUCAUCCGAUCACCGAAGAAAGCCGCACGCGGCGUCACAUUCGCCGGAGAAGCGGUCAGGGCUGCAAACCGCUUGAAGAACGGGCCAUUAGCGCCACUAUCGCCCCCAUUGGAGAUGACGUCGAUGGACUCAAACAACACGCUCGUUGUGCCGGGUGAGGAGGAAUACUCAUUCCCAGCGUCGAGUGGGGGCCUAUCCCGAGGCGUAGGGACCGUGAGGAAACGCAAGACCGUGAAGUUGCCUUCUAGCGGAAAUUUCACGAUUACGGAACACCACGCAGAGUCUCUACUGGCCAGAGUCGCAUACAACAAGGGAUCUGAAUUCGAAACGAUCAAAUAUACCGCCGCUACCUGUGACCCAGACGACUUUGUGAACAACGGCUACACUCUGCGCACCGCGCAAGAAUACCACCGCGAUACGGAGAUCGCCAUCGUCAUCACCAGCUACAAUGAGACGAUUGCCGAGAUCAACAGAACCCUUUUCGGUGUGUUUCAGAACAUCCAGCAUUUCUGUCAGAAGCGGAAGUACGGAUGGGAUGUCGAUGGGUGGAAGAAGAUUGUCGUUGUCAUUGUUUCCGACGGACGUAAGAAAUGCGACCCGAGUUUCUUGUUGGCGCUUCAGACGAUGGGGAUCUACGUGCCUGGUCUGGAGCAGCAGUCCGUGAACAAAAAGCCUACGACCGCGCACAUCUACGAAUCGACAUCGCAAAUCGUCUUGGACCCCGAUUUACACUUCUGGAGCACGCAAAAUGGAAUACCCCCUGUCCAGACGAUUUUCGUGCUAAAAGAACAGAAUCUGAAAAAGAUCAACUCCCAUCGCUACUUCUUCAACGCGAUCUGCCCGCUCCUGAAGCCAAAGAUCUGUCUGCUUCUUGAUGUCGGAACCCGCCCUCUACCCAACAGUAUCUACAAGCUAUGGAAGGCAUUCGAGCGAGAUCCGAACUGCGCGGGAGCAUGCGGCGAAAUCCGUUGCCAAAUGUCAGCUACCAGCUACUUCAACCCACUAGUCGCAGCCCAAAACUUCGAGUACAAAGUGUCGAACAACCUCGACAAGUCCCUUGAAUCUGUAUUCGGAUACAUCGGCGUGCUCCCCGGUGCCUUCUCCGCAUACCGAUAUACAGCGCUGUUGGAUAAUAUGCCCAAUCGCGGUCCGUUAGCGUCGUACUUCAAAGGAGAAGUGAGACCGGAGACGACGUCGGGGACGGAGAUUUUCGCGGCCAAUUUAUACCUUGCCGAGGACCGAAUUUUGGCGUUGGAGUUGUGUGUCAAGCCGCAAUGUCAGUAUACCUUGAAGUAUGUAGCGUCGAGUGCUGCCGAAACGGACGUGCCGGACUCUGUGCCGGAGUUUAUCAGUCAGCGGAGGCGAUGGUUGAAUGGCAGUUUCUUUGCUCAGGUGUACGCACUAUCAAAUGUCGGGAGGAUGAUGAAAACAAGGCACUCGCCCAUGAGGAAGCUGGUUUUCAUUAUCCAAGCUGUCUAUUCCCUAGUCAGUUUACUGUUCAGCUGGUUCGGGCCCGCUCAAUUCGCCAUCAUCUUCUACUUCCUCUUCACCUCCGAAGCUCUGAAAGGCAUCGGCAUCCCCCAGGGCGUGGGCACGGGCCUCUUCCUCACCUACCCCAGUCUCUGCACACUCCUCUUCAUCGCCUCCCUCGGCAACCGCCCCCAGGCAUCAAAGACCCUCUACAAAGCCUCCAUGGUCUUCUUCGCCUUCAUCGGUCUCGCAAUGCUGGGCCUGCUCGGCGCCAAGAUUGCGAGUCUGGGGAAGGAUAACAAAGGGUGGGGCCGCAUUGAUGAGAUUGGGAGCCCGACGUCGUAUGUGGUGGGGAUUGGCGCGACGUGGGGGACGUAUUUGAUCGGGAGUCUGAUGCAUGGGGAUGCGCUGCAUCUGCUUACGUGCUCGGUGCAGUAUAUCAUGAUGCUGCCUAGUUUCAUUAACGUGUUGCAGAUUUAUGCGUUUUGUAAUCUACACGACGUCUCAUGGGGAACAAAAGGCGACAACGUCAAAGUCGACCUGCCCGCCGUCAAAGUCGUGCAAUCAGCCGAAGGCGGCGUCACGGCCGAUAUCCACGUCAUGGAGCGCCAGGACCUGGAAUGUCUCUGGCAAAAAGGGAUUGAAGACAUUCAGCGCAUCCACAACACCAAGGCUGAGAAGGCGAAAGUCGACCCGAGACUGGCGCAGGAGGACGCGUAUAAGAGUUUUAGGACGAAUCUCCUCCUCUGCUGGCUCAUCUCAAACGUCGGCGCCUUCGCAGCCAUAACCCAAACAAAAGGCGACCUAUCAGACAAAUACAUCGUCGGCCUCCUCUUCUUCACGGCGGGCCUCUCGGGUAUCCGCAUCAUCGGCGUCGUGCUCUACCAGCUCUUCCGUCUCAUCGCGCACAUCAACCCGUUCUCCACAUCGACGCUCAAAAAGACAAAGGGGGCCAAAGUCGGGCUUGAUGCAAAUGCGACUGCGAGUGGGGGACAGCAAGGUGGCGGGGUGGGACCGGAUGGACGGAGAUUACCCCCCGGACAUACGCUGGUGGGGAACAAGUGGAAUGGGUAUGUGGUGGUCGAUGAGAACGGACAGGUGGCGGAUUAUGCCAAGGUGUUUAUUGAUGCUUGAUUCGCGGCGCGUUCUGGGAGACGUUGGGGGGACUCUCAUUCUGCUACUCUCGGACGGUUUUUGUCAAUUUGGCGUACGUUGCCUCAGGACAUCUCUUGCAUCGCGGCGUAUCUCACAAUAUGUUUUUUGCACAUACAUUCCUACAUACAUGCACGUGCACAGUACAUAGCCAUGUAGAUAUCUAGAGAUAGAGCAUCUGAAUCAUGUUUCAUCUUCACAACAUAUGCCAAUAGGAAUAUCUGGAGCCGUACGCAAACCCCCUGCUUAACCCCCUACACUUAUGAACCUGCACACGAAACAUGGAC